AUGAUUCGCGAACCGGAGACUGGGAGCGAGGGAGAGGGAGGGUAAGCGGGAAAGCAGACCUUCAUUUUGACACAAGUACAAUCAAUCUGAUGCGAACUUGAGUUACCACGGCGACCGAAAAGAUGUGGCUCGAGGGUUACUAACCAACAGUCCGACCGUCGUUGUCGACGAUGCCCACUGUGUACUUCACAGCGAGGUGGAGCAGGCACGGUGACUUGCGCGUGAUUUAGUUUAUAGUUCGUGCAGGCUUUCACAGCAUCUAUUGCACUCUCCCCCCCCUUCCCCACCUGAGUCCAGUGCUAAGACAGAGUCAAGAAGACCGGAGGUAUUAGAGGUCGUAGGUGGCUGGCUCGGCCAGAGCCGCUCAUAGGCGCCCCAACACACUCGGGUUACUAACUAACAAAGUAACACGGUGGUAGAGGGGUGCUAGCCGAUCGCGUUACGGUACUCCCUCGUUCCGUUGUGCCUUGGGGCUCUCUCUUGAGCCCUGCCAGCAGCCUCACAACGGUGUGUACUACAGACAGAAUGGCAUUACCGACACAACGGAACGAGUGAGUUCCAUUAAGCGAUCGGUGGGCGCCUUUCCACCAUUGUAUUUACCCACGGCAACCGAUCGGACUGUUAGCCCGUGACUCAGUGGUUAAGGUUUUAAACUGCUAGCUAACAGGUUUCGGGAUCGAGCCCCAGGUGUUGUACGCUCUGGGGCUGGGUAGGGUUGACCGGCCAAUCGAGUAAUAAAGUGUGAAAUGGCCAUUCCAGCCUCCCUUUGUCGGUAAUGUCAUUCCGCCUAAACUAACACAUGUUCCAAUAUUUCCUUUUAUUGUGUCCCAGGUCAACUCCUACCGACAUGCGAUCCGCGUGCGUAAAGCACCGCUCACUUGGGUUGGAGCAUGAGCAUGUGUGUGGCGGACGUAGAAGGGGAUAAGUAUGUUGUAUUAGACAUUGUUCUCAUCUCUUUUGACGUUCUGGUGCUCCAGACAGAUAGGAGAAUGAGAGAGAAGGAGGGGAAAGGCUUCUCAUUUUGAGAUAAGCAAAAUUUUCACCUACGGAUCACUAAAUACAAUGGUUCGGCACGGCAUAUGCCGAUUUUUUUACUGAUUAACUUAUCGGUUGACGCAAAAACUAUAUUUCUGUCAAAGACUCGUGGAGUAGUCAGUAGACGCCAUCGACCCGACUCAUUACUCUGUUUGGCUCCUCUCCUGUAUGUGUGGUCCGACGGUUCUAUCCUACCUGUGUGUAAAAUCCUGAUGUGUGAGUUUAUGGGACCAGGUCGUGAAUGUGACGCGCGAAGACGAGUUCCCAAGCUCUGUCAGCCACUGCGCGCAUUUCCCACGCCAGAAAACUGACCGACAUGGACAGUGGCUAGGACUUACGAAUAGGAAUAGAGAGUGAGGUCGAUGACUCAGCGCAUACUCCUCACUAUAAACAAUCUGACGCGCUUGAAGAUAUCACAAUGCACUAAAAGCCAUGGCUUUGAAGGUUGCCGACUGACGGGAUAACUCGGACCUCACAGUUCUUUUGUUUGAAGUGUCAGGCUGAGAUGGCUUCUGCUUCUUAAUGUGGCCUCUAUGACACUCCCACACCGCGUGAUCCGGGUCCGAUGUGACGGCUCGCCUAGGUGCGGCUUCAGCUGUGCCAGCCACCUGCGAUCUCUCCCGCCUCCAGUCUUCUUGACUUGAUCAUGGCACUGGGCUCAGGUGGGGAGGAGAGAGUGCGGUAGAUGCUGCGCAAGUCCAUUAUCACUUUAAACCAACUCAUGUGUAAGUCAUCGUUUCUGUUCUUACUCUGCUGUGUAGCACAUGCUGGACAUCGUCGGUUAGGAUGGCCAAACUGCCAGACGACAUCGGUAAUUUGCAUAAAUACACAGAAAGGAUAGGAAAGACUCAACUGACAGGGAGGCCCGUUUCCUCUACUGCAGCAGAAAGAUAUUUAUGCGUGACUUAGAAAGGGAAACUGUUAAGUCUAUUUCAAAAUCUUGCUUUCAGACAGAAACUAUCUCUCGGGCUGCUGAGCCUUUACUUUUCUCAGCUGCUUGCAUUCUGAUGAAAGUAAACUUGUGGCUUGCGUCACGGUCUGGGGUGACUUGUCGGUUUGACACCAGAUCUUUUCCUUUGGAAGAUUUUUGGACGAGGACCGAUUACGCUGUCCUGGUACCAAGUGUAAGCGCACUGUGGACAUUGAAAGGAAAGUAAGCCGAAGGGGGAUGCUGGAGUUGCUAGUGGGGAAAGUAGCCGGGUCUGAAACGAAAAAGAGCAACCUGAGAAAUCCGCCGCGAAAUUGAAGGAACCCUAGAACCUGCGCAGGCUGGCUGACAGGACACGCAGGCCAGCAAUGUCCCAAAGCCUAACGCUAAACAUAGCAGUAACCGCAAAAGUAAACCUUACCUUUGACUAAUUUUAAAUCAAACGCUAUUCCUAAAUCCAGCACUAAACCUGGCCCCGAACUUACCGCAAACCAUAGCCCUAACCCUAACCCUGACUCUAAUGUUAACCGUAACUCUACGCCAGCCCUAACACAAACUUUAACCUCAACUUCAACGUUAAACGCAAACUCAAACUGCAAUCCAAACCCCAACUUUAACCCGGACCCCUAUACUUAGCGCAAACCCUAACCUUAAAUUCAAUCCUCAGCCUGACACUAACCCGAACCCUAAAACUAACCUUAUUUCUAAACCAAAACAUCGGGUUGUACCUUUCGUUUUAACUCUAGCCACUUUCCUACUAACGAUUUUAGCUUCCCCCUUCGGCUUAUCAUACUUGCAAUGCCCACAUUACGCUUGCACUUGGAAUCAGGGCAGCGUAACCGACCCCGACCAGAUUGCAGUUGGUAGCCCCGAAUGGAAAGCGGACGGCGGCCUUAACCCUAAUCCCAACCUUUACCCUAACCCUAACCUCAACCGUUAUAGUUAACCGUUAACCCUAACGGCAACCCUAACCCUAGCCUAAAUAGUAAACUUAACUGUAGCCCUUAGACAUAGCCGUAACUGAGAAGCCUAACCGUAAUACUGGAACCUAUUUGUACGCUCAAACCCUAACCAUAACCCGAAAACCUAAGCCUAAAGGCAUAACCCUAACCGGAAAAUCGGAAACCACUAACCGGUACCCUAAGCCUAACCUCAAACGUAAAAAAGAAGCAAAAUGUGUCCGAUGAGAUUAUGGAGCCCCACAAAAUAACCCCAGUAAACAAACCCCCCAGCCACUUGUAAGGCGGGUCCGGGCUACCAACAGCGAUCUAGCCGAGAUCUGGUGUCCAACCGACAAGUCACCCCAUUGCCACUUUUCGUUUGAAUUCAGGACUUACAGCUUUCACCAAACCCACACAUUCCUGCUUUUCUAACAUCAACCAUUUGGCCUUCAAUAUGACUUGAAGAUUCAUAAACGUGUUCUGCACUUAGGGGGCGAAGAUUAUCAGUAUUACGUCUGGAUCAAUGUUUUCAUGCAAUCGCUCGUAAAGGCGCUUGACUGAAGCCCUAACGUCAGACAAAACAAGCAUGCUCCAUUCUACAAUAAGAUCGAUGACGCGUCAUUUCAAGCUUAAAUACUAUUUUUGAUGUCAACCCACAAAGGCGGAAAGUAAGGGGUUCGGUUGGGAGGAGCUUUUGAUUUAGGAUUUAGUGGUUGAGAUGGUCGAGAUUCGAAUGUCGGGUUACCAAAAUUUGGGACUGGGGCAUAACUAGCUGAAAAUGCCACCUAGAUCCUGAAACAAAACCCGCUCUGACAGCUUUUAAUUCGCACAUUUAUGGGCAUUCGUUGGCUCUUUUGCGGACACAACUGUGGUGGCUUCGACCAAAAAGCGUCUCUUAAUCGCCGCACCAAAGGAUGUUCUUAUUCACGCAGCUGCACAGUCGUGCAUAAAAGUGCAAAACACGUGAGACCGAUGGCUGUUGAGGCAUGAUCUGAUUCCGGACUCUAAGAGUACGUUGUUGUUGUGGCAGUACUGUCUCGUGUAUGACUUGUUAUUGCGAUAGUUUCUCGUGUCUGUCUCGAAAACGAUGUCGAUCUCUGGCUUCGCCGAACCCACAAAUAUACAUAUAUAUAUGCAUACAAAUUCCGAGAGACAACCCUACGCUUGGACAAAUCAUCAACUGUUAAGGUACGCUUGCCUUCUCCGGUCUUCCAGAUAGUUACAUUUUAAAAUGCUAUUUGAUUUUUAUGCUCCUGAUCGACAUAGAACCAGCUGACUUAUAGAAGACGACAAAUUUCCCCGCGUAUGAGCAUCUGAUUUUGACAGGGAAGUUCUUUAAACCCAAAAGUGUUCGAUCACUAAUUGAUGAGCACAAAAAACGGGUCUGUAAUGUAACGUCCCAUUUCAGUAAACAUCAAGUAAUUAGCACUGUACUAUUCAAAGACGAGUUAAUACAUAACCGUAGUAAGUAGCAAUUAAAUUUUCUAGCUCUCUGAAGGUUAUGAAAAUACGAAAGUCGUACAGCCAAAAAGCUGUAUAAAUCUCGCUUUUCUCCUAAUAUGUGAGGAAAGAUAACUUCCAAUUGCGAAGCAUUUAUCAUGCGUGAAGCACAAAAGCCGUUGGUUUUAAGCUUCAAGAUUGCUGAAUUUGUUUUCACGAUGGAAUAGGUUUGUGGGAAAUGACUGAUGACUACUAAGUCGAUACAUUAAAAAAUAAAAAUACAAAUGUUAGAGGUUUUGACGACUCCACAUUUAGUAAGGAGAUUUUCCAAGUGAGAAUUUCGCCACUUUUUUAAAAAAGGAAACCAGUACAGUUUCUCUGGUAUUUUAGAAAUCUCAUGGCAUCUGCUCAAAGAGUCAGGUAACGAAAGACAACCGCAUACUUUGAGGUUAAAUGUAUCUUUUAAAAAUUCAUUGUCCAGUUUCUUGCCAUACAAUUAUGCUUUUUUUCUAAACUCAUUGUAGACAUUAAGUAAAAUCUAAUAAAAGAGUCCUUACGAUUUGCAGUCAAUUUCAGUGACAAGUGUGCACUCAUAUAAUUCCAUAAAAUUGGACUUGAAACUGCACUAAAUCGGUAUUAUAUCGUUAAAAGACAUUCUUUUAUGAAAAGCACAAAUAUCCUAGCAGGCACUUCGAUGAAAAUUAGCAGUAAUUUUAUGACGAACAGUUAUCCUGACAGUGUACGAAAUUGGGAUAUCAAAAACCGUAAGUGAGCUUGGAAAACUUUGCUACAUAAAGUUUUCAAUGGAACGAAACUGCCAAUUCACUUUAUUUUUUUUAUCGGGACUUUGCACUGCAGUAAGCUAAUGAUCUUAUUUUCAUUAAAGACUUCCUGAUUGGGAUCGUCCAUUGGACACGUAAGUUUCCAUUAGACCAUAGGCGAGAAAAUGCUUUCGCAAUGGGCAUAACACAGUCUUUACAAUUUUAGGUCUCCGGUUGCUAUACGAGUGAAACAAGAAGGGUGAGUUAUUUUUGAAAUAUUCCCCUAUAUGCUGACUAGGCCGAUUAUUUGCCUAGUGUCAUUAAAUAACACAGUAAAGCACACGAUAUUUUUGGUGAUCUUUCUUGCUCACAGUAGAUGUUCUAAGUCAUGAAAUGCUUACCGAUGUUCUGAAAUUAGUUCUUUACCCGAAGUGACUACUUAAGUAGGUUUGCAAUAUUAAUCACCGGACAGCAUAAUCCUAAAACAGGGGGCUCCAGCAAAAGGCGGCAUCCUAAAGUGACAGAAAUAUCGUGGUAGUAUGCUACACAAUAUUUUGUAUCACAGCCGUCCUUAUGCAAUCGUUUCGAAUAGGAAGCGCAUUUAAGAAUUUCGAUUAACAUUUCAUGAGUUAGCAAACCUACUGUGUUUAUACAGUCAAUGGUCGAUCUUAUGAAUGUUUGAUCGAAAUGUUGAAAUCCGCUUUCGAAUUAAUAGGAUAGUUUACGUGAGGAUAUGAUUUUGACCACCAUGAAUCUUACUCUAAAUAUAUUCAAUGUCAUUGGAAGAUCCCGGUUUCGCGAGCGCAUUUUUGCUCGCCGUCUGCUAAAAUCGCACUCGGCGGAACAUCGGUACUUAAGUGGUUUAGAUUUAUUCUGUUAAUUCUCAGAAUUCUUAAAAACUCAAAUUUUUUUAUGCAAAACAUGGUCAAAAAUAUGCCUUUUCUACGGACUUGGUAGUAAAUCAAGUCUUUUUCAAAUUUCGUACUCGAAUAGGUCAUAAAAAAGACCGUGAAAUGUCCAUUCAAAUAACAAUGUCUUUGGCCGUUUACUAAGCAGCGCAUGAAGUAUACAACAUGGUCGCACUCAGCGCCAUUUUUUGACUUCUAUGUGACCAUUUUUUAAUCACCCAGAGAUAAGUGUGUUUACCUCUAGAUGGAAAAUAUGUAGCGUCUAAACUGUGAACCUCAGACGCAGAUCCAUCAGCAGAUCUGGUUCAAAGUUACUCGGAAUUUAAAGAUCACAUUUAAAACUUAAAUCUAGCCUUUCUUCAAGCGCAACGUCCACAAAAGACGUGAUUCGCUAUCAAAUUAGUUAAAAAGAGUAUAUUUUAACAAUGAUUUCUGUAAAAUGCUUCUUAACUUCCUAAGGAUCUUGAAAAUCAGCAGAAAAAUCCAUAACACAUAAGUGACCACUUUUUCCGGAGUGCGUUUUUGCAGGCCACCAAGUAGGAGAACAUUUAGAAGCCGACAUUCAGCCGUGACUUGAAUAUCUUAAAAAUAUGCUGCAAGAUUAUCACUGACAUAAACCCACAUAUUUAACCUCCCCUAAUGAAAAAAGCCUUUCAGGGCUUAUGUUAAAAGUUAAUGAGAUUCUUUGGCAGAGCGCUUGCUGUAGCUUUACGAUCAUCAUACGAAAAUAUCACGAUGUUCUAUGAGAUUGAAGUUAUGGACUCCUAAGGAAACACAAAUGUUGGCAAACCGGAACGUAAAAAUUAACGGCUUACAUUUUGAUAAAUAAUAUAAAAUACAAUUGAUCCUUCAUGCUCGCUUAGGAAUGACGUGAAAAUAGAUAAAUGUAAACGAUAUUACUUAAGUGGCGGUCUGAUCUUUCCUGAACAAAAAACCCGUGAAUGUUGACGUUUAACUAAUGCUCCCAUUCCAUUGAUUCCUAUCACGAUUGCAACCGUGAUUUCAUAUCGUUUAUUUAAAACACUUAACACGGAGAAGCAUUAAGUCGUUGUGAGAUUUAACCAUUUACGUUCUGAUUAAAGCUACCUACGAUAAGAAAAUGGCAGCACUUGGGGUUCAUUUAAGGGACGACUGGUGGUUCUCCUAGACAAAUAAAAAGAAAAACGUCGCUAUUGAAUUGCAUUCAUAUUUUAAUGCCGGAAGAGGCAGUGUACGAAGAUUGUCCAGGGAGAUAAACGUCAGUGGACUGACGCAGUUUUCUAAAAUCGCCUUACAAUAGUUCGACUGCCGUGAGCGUCAAUGUCCACCAUGUUCCCCACAGCAUGGCGGGUGCAAGACACUGACUUGCACAGCAUCUACCACACUCGUUCCUCUCUUGCUCGACUUAAGUCCGUGUCAAGGCGUCAGAAAGAGAUCGAAGACGCAAAUGGACGCAAAUGAUUGACAGAGAUAAGCAACGCAUCUACGUGUGCCACGCAUGUCUGGCCAGCGAAGGAUGCAUCGGAGUCGCACAGAACCAAGACGCGAUUGGUUCGGACCACUGCUGUUUGGUAGACGGGAAAUAAGAAGCAUAUACAGAGUGGGUGACUUUCCGCCUUGAUGACCACCGAGCCAUCCCGUCACUUGGUGGGGUUCCACGAAACCAGUUAUCAGUCAGGUAAAGAAGACAUGAUGCUUAUUAGGAUUCAGAUAUUCAGCACCGUCACGAUGACUACAGCCGCAGGCGAAUGAUGUUCACCUAUUUGUCCUAAUUACAGGUCGGAAUGGUAAGGACUCAUUUUGCCUUAGAAAUGUUCAGUUGUUCUAGAACAAGCAGUCACACAGUGACAGUCAUUCAGUCAUCAGGAAUUAAAGCAGACGAAUACGUGCUGGACCGCGGUGUCCGUUUCGUGUUUGCUACUUCUCACCAGCACGCCACAGCUUAAAUCCGGACCUGGGGACCACAGGAAUGAAAUCGGGGCUUUAUAUCAACCCCUAACCAGUUCAGACGUAGAGAUCACAUUUCGCAUUCGAAUGCUAAUGUGAACUCUACCAAGGACAGCCAAUCAUACCCUGAUUGCCCAUCUUUGAUUGCAUUGCCACAGUUUAAAUGCGGACUUGGGGCCGCAGGAUUGAAGUCGGGUUACCAUCUGUAGCCUUAUACAUUUCAGACGGAGGAUUCGCAUUCAGUCUUUGAAUGUUACUUUAAAUCUCACCAAGACAGCCUUUGAUGUCUAGAGUGUCCAUUUUUGAUUGUAUGGAUUGCCUGAUUGCCAAGUCAUUUGCUGUUUGAAUAAAAUGCUUGCUCAGACAUUAUACUUGCGACUGACUCACUGUGUUUCUAUUGAAGCCUGCCAGAUUGGGGCGAUCGUCCUUAUAGACCGUAAGUUAGCGACUUUUCUGAUGUUUCCAUUGCCACAGUCGGCUGUGACAUAAACUGUCCCUACCCACUAUACGAUUGCAACUACCUCAAUCAUUCGACAAAUUGUUAAUGUGUGAUUUCAAUGUACAAACUUUCAACGAUUGAUGAUUUUUAUUUUCAGACUGCCUGAUCAAGUGCAGCUGGAGGCGAAAAGGUAGGCUAUUCCACACCACGACGUUAGAGGAUUGAUGGCCCUGAAUAUUCCCUACUGCGUUAGGGUUUUCAUGAAGAAAAUAAUAGCAGCUCGGUAUUCCAGCAUGUGCGAACAUCUUUGCGGCAUGCUUAGGUAGAAGACUGUUGAGGUUUAUUCGUCGUCUACUGUUCUCGACUCUGAUUGGAGGAAAUGUGUUAGUUUGGUGAGACCUGACACUUUAGAAUCGGUUAGGUCACGGACGCACAGUAGACAGUUGAGUGUGCAGACGUUGGUCCAAAGCUCUCCUUUCACUGGAGAUGGCUAUUUAAGCUGCCAUAUUAAUUUCAAAAUACCCAAGGAGGUGUGUGUGUGUUUGUGUGCAAAACGUGAAGAAUGCAUUUUUAGAAUUUCGAAAGUUGUUAAUAAGCAGGGGGUGAUUUCAGCACAAAGAAGGAGAGAGUUAUUGGAUAAAGGGAGCCGAGAAUGCUUGGAAUAACACGAAGUCAAACCAAAGACUUGCAGAAUUUUUGUCCCAACCUCGUUUGCAUAUGAGGCUACUUCGAUGAUAUGUUUAAAAUAAAUACGUAUGACAGAAUUUAUUAACACCAAAACACCUCGCAACGGUUCAAGAUUAAGGAAUACAUGCUUGUGUCUAUUUUAAACCAAAAUCUUUGAUAACUUGUGUUAUCUGAGAGAUGUAGAUUGAAUCGUGAUUAUGAAAUAGGCGUUUUAGUAAACCCGACUCCUCACUGCUGAAGAUUUCCCUAUGAUUGUUAACAGGGUACGGUUUCUUUUUGAUAAUGCAUACGAGAUUGUAGUAAGACCGACCACUUCCAAUGCCCUUUAUUUCUAAAUUAUGUAACGUUAGUACGAAAUUUACUGAGAAGUGCGCAUUGAUCGGGGUUUACAAAAUUUUUCGCGGAAUUUCAUAACCCGUGCAGUAAAUCAUUAUGAGUCAUGUUUCGACGAAAAGUACAGAUAUUCCAGCAGGUAUUUCGACGAAAAUUAGUUGUAGAUUUUGUAGAAUUUCCUAAUUUUACGAAAAACCAUUUGGCUGAGAGGGCCCAAUAUUCAGACCGUAAAAACCCUCUGUGAGUUCGAAAUGCUCUGGUACUCAAUGUUGCCUAUUAAAAUAAGAAUGAUUAUAUAAUAUUCGACUCAUUUUUAUACCGAAGCUUUGCACAGCUGUGGGUAACUGACCUUAUUUCCAUUAAAGACUACCUGAUUGGGAUCGUCCAUUGGACACGUAAGUUUCCAUUAGACCAUAGGCGAGUAGAUGUAUUCGCAAUGUGCAUAACACAGUCUUCACAAUUUUAGGUCUCCGGUUGCAACACGAGUGAGACAAGAAGAGUGAGUUAUUUUUGAAAUAUUCCCUUAGCUAAUGACCAAGCCGAUUAUUAACUUUUCUUAUCAAUAACACAACAAAUCAUUAAAUAUUUAGACUACCAUUUUUAAAUGGAUAUAUAGUGAGUGAUCGAUCUCAGGAAAUUGAAACGGAAAUUCUGUAAUACCUUCUCGACUUUGCAGGAUUGCUUAAGGGGUGUUAUAGUAAUGCUCAUGAUUUGGAAUAAUCUCAAAAAUAUUCUGUGCGACUGCCAGAUGGUGGCUUCUGAAUACAUAUCUGCUCGGCCGCCUGCAAUGCGCGCACACAGUGAAGUGUCCGUUUAAGUAGUAUGAAUUUUUCUAUUAAAUUCUGAGGUCGCUAGAAAGUAAAGAAAUAUUUUGCAGAAAGCGGGCAAAAAUAUGCUUCCUCAUACUUAUUUGGCUUCAAAUCAUAUCUUUUUUGAAUUCUUCAUUCGAAGGAAGCGUGUUUUUGGUUUUAAGACUGCUUUGGAAAUUGUCGAAUAACUUCGAAUAUCGUCUGCUAUUGCAUUUGUGUAAGAGGUUCACAGAUUUAAAACCAUAUAAUUUUCAUAUACGUCAAAUCAUACACACUUUAUAUCAUCAAGUAGAUUUUAUUGCAAACAUGGCCAAAAUAUGGCUUAUCAUCCUCAUUCGUUAAAACACCACGUAUUCUUGAAAUUUUAUAGUCGAAGAAGGGGUAUUUUCGGCUUGAAAAUUUUUCCAGAUAAGAGACUCUUUAGACUAUAAAAUUUCCUUCCAAAUAACAUCGAAACACCCAUCACAGUGACAUCCGUUGCACAUUUCGUGAAUUCUGUGUGAUAUAUUUUACUAACCCAGAGGUAUCCUUGACGCAAGUGCAACUGCAGACCUGUAGCAAAAUGAUUUGGGGAAUGAACAACCAUUUAAACCCUGAAUAAACAAUUGAAAGAAGACAUGAUUUUCUCCUAAAUGAGCAUAAAACGCAUACCUGUGAUUAUGUUUUCUGUAAAAUAUUUUCGGAUCUUCAAGGGUCGCGAAAACUAAAGGAAAGAAACCAUACCCAUUAAGUGGCUGUUCUUCACUAAGUGCAAUUUUUGAAGGGAGCCGUGCAGCACCCCCUAAUUGGAACCGCAUUUCAGAAUUUCGGUUAAAAUCCCAUUAGAUCGAUCACUGCUUGCGAAAUUAAUAUCACAAGUGGUGGUAGCGGAUACCUUGGCUGUGGAGCUAGGCUCCAUUUUGUCAUAGAAAUCUGCUAUGCUGUUCUUGAACAGGCAGUCACACAGCGGCAGCCAUUCAGUUAUCGGGACUGGGAGCAGAGGAAUACAUACUGGACCAAGAUUUCCGUUUCGUGUUUGCUACUUCUCAUCAGUCCGCCACAGAUUAAUUCCGGUGCUGGGGGCCACAGGACUGAAGUCGGGGCUUCGUAUCAACCUGUAACCAGUUCCGACGUAGAGGUCACAUUUCGCAUUCGAAGGUUAAUGUGAACUCUACCAAGGACGGCCAAUGAUACCCUGAUUGCCCAUCUUUGACUGCAUUGCCACAGAUUAAAUGCGGACUUGGGGCCGCAGGAUUGAAGUCGGAUUACCAUCUGUAGCCGUAUAAAGUUCAGACGGCGGAUUCGCAUUCAGUCUUUUAAUGCUACUUGAAAUCCUACCAAGGACAGCCUAUGAUGUCUGGAGAGUCCAUUUUUGAUUGUAUGGCGUGCCCGAUUGUCAAGUCAUUUGUUGUUUGAAUAAAGUGCUUGCCAAGGCAUUAUACUUUCAACUAACUCCCUGUGUUUCUAUUGAAGCCUGCCAGAUUGGGGUGAUCGUCCUUAUAGACCGUAAGUUAGCGAUUUUUAUGAUGUUUCCAUUGCAAUAGUAAAUUGCGACUAUCCCAAUCAUUCGACGUAUUGUUAAUAUGUGCUUUCAAUACACAAACUUUCAAUGAUUGAUGAUUUUUAUUUUCAGACUGCCUGAUCAAGUGCAGUUGGAGGCGAAAAGGUAGGUUAUUCCACCCCACGACGACAGAGGCUUGCUGGCUGUGAAUAUUUCCGUAUUGCGUUAGGGUUUUCAUGAAGAAAAUAAUAGCAGCUCGGUAUUCCAGCAAGUGCGAAUUUCUUUCCCGCGUGCUUAGAUGGAAGUUCGUUGAGGUAUAUUCAUUGUCUACUGUUCUGGAUUCUGAUUGGAGGAAAUACCUUAGUUUGGUGAGGCCUUACAUUGUAGAGGUGGUUGGGUCACGGACGCACAGCGGACAGUUGAGUCUGCAGACGUUGGUCCAAUGCUCCCUUUUUACUGGAGAUGGCUAUUUAAUCUGCCAUAUUAAUUUCACAAUAUCCAAGGAGGUGUGUGUUUGUGUGCAAAACGUGAAGAAUGCAUUCUUGCAAUUUCGAAAGGUGUUGCUAAGCAAGGGGUGAUUUCAGCACAGGUUGGGUCAUGGACCCAAAACGUGCAGUUGAGUGUGUAGAAGUUGGUCCAAAGCUCCCUUUUUACUGGAGAUGGCAAUUCAAACUGCCAUAGAAAUUUCUGAAUAUUCAAUGAGGUGUGUGCAUGUGCAAAAUAUGAAAGAUCCAGUUUUCGAUAUCCGAAAGUUGUUGCUGAGUGAGGGAUAAUUUAAGCACAAAGUAGGAGAGAGUUAUGUGAAAUAGGUCGCCGAGAAUGCUUGGAAUAACACGAAGUCAAAUCUCCGACUUGCAGAAUUCCUGCCAAAUAUCAUGCCUACGCGUGCCACGCAUGUUUGGUCGGCGAAAAAUGGAUCAGGAUCACGCAGAGCCAAGACGUCAUUGGCUCGGACCACUGCUGCUUGAUAGACGUCACAUAAGCACCACAUUUUGUUGGAAAUCAGCAGUACAUAGAGAACGAGUCCGUAAUUUUAUGAAGAAAAGUUACCUUAAGAGUGUACGAAAUUGAGAUAUCAAAAACCGUCAGUGAGCUCGGAAUACUUGGCUACAUAAAGUUGUCAAGGGAACGAAACGGGCAAUUCACUUUAUUUUUUUUAUCGGAGCUUUGCACUACAGUAAGUAAAUGUUCUUAUUUUCAUUAAAGACUACCUGAUUGGGAGCGCCCACUAGCCACGUAAGUUAUCACUCGACCGCAAAUUACAAAAUGCAUUUACUAUGUAUAUAACACAUCGUUUACAAUUUUAGGUCCCCGGUCGCCACACGAGUGACAAAGGAAGGGUAAGACAUUUUAAAAUUAUUUACUUAUAUGCUAGUUAAGUCAACUAUUUACCUAGUGUCAUUAAAUAACACAGAGAAGCAUCUGAUAUUCCUCUUUCUUUCUUACGGUAGAUGUGCCAAACAAUAAAAUGUCAAACGAGGACCUAUAAUUAGUUUUCCACUCGAAAAGAUUAUUUAAGCAGGGUUGUUAUAAAGUAUGCGUGGUGGAAAGCAUGUAGCACCAAAACUGUGAUCUUCAGACGCAAAUCCAUCGGCAGAUCUGGAUCAAAGUUACAAGGGAUUUAAAAGUAAUUUUAAAGCUUAAAUCUAUCUUUACUUCAACAGUAAAAUACAAAGAAGACGUUGUUUGCUACCAAAUUAGUAAAAAAAGGGUAUAUUUUAACAAUGAGUUCCGUAAAAUGCUUAUUAAAUUUUAAAAGGUCUUGAAAAUCAGCAGAAAAAAUCCAUAACACAUAAGUGUCCACUUUUUACAGAGGGCGAUUUUUGCAGGCCGUCAAGUAGGAGUACAUUAAGAAGCCGGCAUUCAGUCGUGACUAAAAGAUCUUAGAAUCAUGCUGCAAUAGUAUCAAUGAUAUAACCCCACUAUCACGAUGCUCUAUGAGAUUGCAGUUAUAGAUUCCUAAGGAAACACAAGUGUUGGCAAAUAGGAAACUAAGAAUUAAUGGCUUGCAUUUUGAUAGCUAUUAUAAAAUACAAUUGAUCAUUCAUGCUCGCUUAGGAAUGAUGUGAAAGUAGAUAAAUGUAAACGAUAUUACUUAACUGGCGGUUCGUCAGAUUUAACCAUUUAAGUUCUGAUAAGCGCUUCCUGAAAUAAGAAAAUAGCGGAACGUGGGGUUCAUUUAGGGGACGACCGGUGGUUUUCGUAGACAUAUAAAAAGAAAGACGUCGCCACUGCACUACGUGCUCGUUUUGAUGUCGGAAAAGGCAGUGUAGAAAGACUGUCCUGGGAGACAUACUUCAGUAAUCUGCCGUAGUUUUCUGGAAUCGCCUCACAACAUUUCGACCACCGUGAACAACAGUGCCCAGCGUGUUCCCCACAGCAUGGCGGACACAGGACGGUGACUUGCAAAGCACCUACCACACUCGCUCCUCCUUUGCUCAACUAAAGUCGGUUUCAAGGCGUCAGAAAGGCGUCGAAGACGCAACUGGAGGCAGUGCUUGACAAGGCCAACUAACAGGCAUACGAGUGCCAAACACAUCUGGCCAGCAAAAUAUGCAUCGGGUUCGCACAGAACCAAGAUGUUGUUGGUUCGGACCAGGUGUACAGUCACAAAACCAUUUAUUAGUCAAGGGAAGUGAACAUGAUACUCGUUAGGAUUCAAGUACUCACCACCGUCAUAAUGUUUGCAGUCACACGCGAAUGAUGUUCAUCUAUUUGUCCUAAUUACAGAUCGGAAUGGUAAGGGCUCAUUUUGUCUUAGAACUGCUCUGUUGUUCUGCAACAGGCAGUCACACAGCGGCAGCAAUUCAGUCAUCAGGAAUUAGAGCAGACAAAUACAUACUGGACCACAGUGUCCGUUUCGGAUUUGCUACUUCUCAUCAGCACGCCACAGCUUAACUCCGGUCCUGGAGGCCACAGGACUAAAGUUGGGGCUUCGUAUCAACCUGUAACCAGCUCAGACGUAGAAGUCACAUUUCGCCUUCGAAGGUUAAUAUGAACUCUACCAAGGACGGCCAAUGAUACCCUGAUUGUCCAUCUUUAAUUGCCUUACCAAAGUUUACAUGCGGUCUUGGGCCACAGAAUUGAAGUCGGGUUCCCAUCUAGAGUCGUAUCGAGUUCAGACAGAAAGGUCAAAUUUCGUCUUUGAAUGUUAAAGUGAAUCCUACCAAGACAGCCUAUGAUGUCUGGAAUGUCCAUUUUUGAUUGCAUGGAUUGCCUGAUUGCAAAGUCAUUUGUUGUUUGAAUAAAAUACUUGCCAAGGCAUUAUACUUGCAACUGACUGUCUGUGUUUCUAUUGAAGCCUGCCAGAUUGGGGCGAUCGUCCUUACAGACCGUAAGUUAGCGAUUUUUAUGAUUUUUUUCCAUUGCCAUAGUCGGCUGUGACAAAAACGCCACCGACCCACUAGGUAAUUUCGACUAUGUCAAUCAUUCGACGUAUUGUUAAUAUGUGCUUUCAAUAUACAAACUAUAAAUGAUUGACGCUUUUAUUUUCAGACAGCCUGAUCAAGUGUAUUGCGGAACGAAAAGGUUUGCUUUUCUACACAUAAGAGUUGGUCUGUUUUUUUAUCCGAUUUUCCUUGCGAGGGGUAGUUUCCGGGGGUAGUAAGAAGAAUACACGAGGCAUUGAGUUGGAAAUGAUACUAAGACUUCGUUAUUGGCAAUACACUACAGGAGACUGUCCAGCCACCCUUUAGGAUUGGCUAAAACCAAUCCGACUUUCGGCAAAGGCGCAUCUUUGAAAUAAACUCGUAAACAGAUUAAGUAGUCUGAAGCGAAGGAGGCAUGUGCCGAAAGCAGUUCCACGCUUGUUGCAGGUAACCAGUACAUCUCAACCGUCCUUCCAGAUCGACAUCACGGCCAGACUGACUGACUGGUCACUGAAGGCUUGUUUUGCUUCAGGAAUUUGAAGCAUGCGUCCCAGUGGUGGCAUUAGUCAUCGUUUUUGCUAAGAGUAAGUCAGUUGAUAAGAACUCAACAAGUACAGACAAGGGUUUCGAGGUAACUGCGUAUCAUUACUAUGGCUUAGUUCCCCUCCUUCUCAACGUUUCUCCGGCCAGACUCUGGAUUCGGACUUCUGACUGUGUGAUCGCAGCCACCUUACGUUAAAAUCUAAAAUUCUGCAAACAUCUUGCCGAAUCAGCACUUGUCUUUGUCAUUCUCUCUUAGAGGGAAAUAACUCGCAGUAAAGCCAUUGGGUGUUAUUUUUAAAAGGCACAAAAACCCUGAAGAGGUUCUAAUGCUCUCUUGAUUUAUCUCUCUACUUUUUGCAGCUCAUCAGACAGUGAGGGUGAGCAGAUCGUGGGAGAGUAAGUACAAUUCUGGCUUUUUCAUGCGGUGCUGAACUGAGUGAAGAUUAUUACUACGUCGCCUCAUAUCAUAAAUGCUCUUAGAAUGGUAUUUGGACAUUAAAUUAUUAUUUUGAGAUGUCCUGUGGCCGUUCUUUUUAAAACUACCGAUAAUUUCAUGCAGCCUGAUACUGUGGACCUUGGAAGAAUGGUCUCCUAAUUUCACAGAUAUCCACCUACCUCAGUUAUCAUUAGUACAAACAUUAUCAUGAUCAUCGUAAUCGAUGGCUUCACUAUCCUUGUCACACGACGACGACGACCACCACCACCACCACCAAUAACAACAUCAUCAUCCUCAUCCUUAUCAUGCGCUUGCUUUGAUUGAUUUAGCUUUUACGGCCUCCUUUUCAACACUCUUUGCGAUCAUAUAGGCCCAAAUUUCUGUGGUUUUGGUAAAUUCGGCCGGGGCUGGUGUUUUCAAAAACUUUGGCCACUGCAGUUGUUUCGGUCACCAAACCCGCAUUGCGGAAAACGUUGUUUUUUGUUCUAUGCUGACAGAUAAUAUGCAUGCGACGCGAGUUUAAUAGAUGCGAGACCCACGCAUGCCUAAGUGUUACCACGGCAAUUGUGUGCGGAUAAAACUAAAGAUAACUUCUCAACCUUUCUAAAUCAUAACCAGCACUAGUAAUGAAGAAGGGCGAAUCAGUAAAUUGCAAACAACUCGGUUGUCUAUCCUCCUAAUUCUUUAGAUAUAUUUCGAAGCAGUCUUAAAGAUUAUGUGUCUGAAAACGAGAUCUUUUAUUUUAGCCUUCCCGACUGGCAUGACCCGAUUCUCCGGUAACUGUCCAUUAUUCGCUUGACUGAGUUGUACAAAUGUGUUUAAAGAAUCAUAAAAGAGUGGCGUCGUAAGUUAAAAAUUGAUUCCCUCCAAAUAAUUAAUAGAGUCCUUAUGAAACCCCACUUUCGGAGACCAAAACAAACGCAUAAUUCUGAGCAGUCAUAUGCAGUCUCGCAAUUGCCAACUUUUGUGUACGCUACUGCAGCAAUGAUUAGACCGCGUUGUGUGAUUUCGGUGUCACUAAUGUCGGAUCUUCACAGAGCAAUGAGAUUUGUUAUGUUCACACGCGACUUAGGCAUCCGUUCGUAGCUCAAGCCUCCUGCAGUGCGUGUCUUUGUGUGGCCUCUGAGAUCUGUGAAUGAGUUCCGGGACUCUCAGGGAGGAUAAGGACCAUUGUAGAUCGGGGUUUCUUCACCUUUCACACACGUACGCAUUUGACCUCCAACCUCGGUAGUGUUCUAAACAGGCUGUGUGGAUGGUUCUUCACAGGAGAAUACACUCUCGACGCUAACCCAUCAGAGGUCCACAGUCUGCGUGAUCUACUACACCCGAAUCCUCGCCAGUGGCUGAUAACGGGGACGAGGCAAUUGUCCGACAUGAAGGGUCUCAGAGACUGCAGAAAGCAUCACAUACGGGACGGCAGUCAGGUGUUACCCCCAUAUCCUGCGUGUGGUUGAGUGCCCUUGCAGCUACGCAGAGCAAACGGGAUGAAAAGCGGGGACCAGGAUGCGUGAACACGAAAGGACCUUGAAAGAGGUCACGUCGUAGUCAGUUUGUGACAGAAAUGUGGUGAACGGAAAGAGAUGAGUUUUGAAAACGCAUAAUAUCAUCUUUGUGAUAUUGGGUUCCGACGGCAGGGUGGUCUGAGAACACAACCUACUGACCAAAGCGGAGAUAAAGCCCAACUACUGCGAGGUUAAUUCUAGAAUAAUGGGUUUGACUGAAAGACGACAUGCAUACGGGAAUGGAAGUUAAGCCAGUGCUACACAAAGUUUGUCUACUUGAGGCGUCCACAGGGUAAAAGCUGGCCCACUUUUUCCUUGGCUUAGGGAUCUCUAAGAGGCAACAGAUGGUGUCUAGCCGUCUGGAAAUUCGUCCGUUCAUUUCACAAUGUUCACAAAUCCGAAACCUGGAAACUGUUCAAAGGUGUUAAAAAGGACAGCUUUCGUAGCAGCAGAAAACACACUUUUAAUCCGGAAACGAAAUCCAGAAUACUGACUUGAGGCAAUAACGAUUAUUCACUGCCCGCCGUCAUGGCACAACCUGAAAGGAUUCCGACUUAUGCAGCUCUGAAACAAAGGAGGAACUGUCAUUAUUUGUUUUGAGGACUCCUGAGAGCCAAGACAAAAUUUGAGUAGAGAGUAAGUAAUAGCCGAAGAUUAUUAGAGAUGCGGCGAAUGGUAACUGAAGUGGCUUUUUAAUGUUUGACUGAUCAUCGUCAGAGUUAACUUUAGGUGCGGAUUUUCGUUGAGAUAAACACUCAAACAGCUGUGCCGUAAGCUGGGGUUCCCUUUUCUGCAAUCUAGGUUAGUUAUAGUCAUUUGUGGACGGCAUCCCGGUUCGGCGACUGUAGAUGAACCUGGGUUUGGUUAGUUUUCUGGAUGACAAACGAAACUAGAAAUAACCACCCUCAUGCUAGCCCUCCUGAUCGGCAAUACGGCUGGAUUAGUGAUUGCUCUUGGUUACAUAGGUUGCUGCGAGUGCAAUAGACUGGAGCUGUAACACAAAACAGAACUUUACUGGUUUCUCGAGCAAUAGAGUAGGUAAGCGAGGGCUUUUCUUGAGCGGCCGUUACUCAGCCGUGUUCAUUUACACCAAAUUCAUUAAAUCUGUUGCACAGAAUUGCACCGGAAAUCGCGCCUGGGUCUCUAGCAGUCAGAACUGGCAUUGUAUCAUUUAUGCCGUCGAAAACUGGCUUCGUUUCGCUUUGCUAUUUGGUUGAGGGGUGGGUGGUAGUCAAUAUUGUGAACAACUUGGCCCAUGCAAAUUACAAAAUUACAUGAGCCCUAUGAGUUUUCUUCAUAUUUGCAUUUAGAAAUGCAUGGUUUCCCUUGCACAAAAAAGUAUACAACAUGCGGCUCUGAAACCCGAAAUACAAGUGUUGCGGCAGGUUGGGUUCAAAAUGAUUCGGGCAUUACAAACGUCUUUUAAAACCAAAAAUACUAUUUUUUCGAGCAUAAAAUUUGAAAAAGACGUAAGCUACUACCAAAUCAGUAGAAGGAAGAAUAUUUUUGUUCAUGUCUUCUAUAAAAUACAUUUGAAGUAAAAAGGGUACUGAAAAUCAGUGGUCAAAUUCAUGCUACUUAUGCAGUCAUUUUUACGGAAUACAGUUUAUGCAAGCGGUCAAUAAGGAGCUCGUUUGAAAGCCGGUAUCCUGAUAUGACUCGAAUAUCCCAACAUUAUGGGACAUGAUAAUGAAUAUAACCACCUCACUAAAGUAAUUUUUUGCAAAUGAAAACAUAUUUCAGAAUUCCAUUCAACAUUUCAUAAAAUAACAUACCUACAAAUGAUAUCCAGUGCUGACCUAAUUUUUUUUUCUCCCAGAAAGGAAACGGUUCGAGUGCAAGUUCAUGGAAAGUAAGUUGACGGUCAAAAUUAAAACAGUAUUCUGAUUACUACUGAUCAUGCCCGACAACAGGAGCUAGAGUAAUUCCAAAAUAUAAAAUUUGCAUGAAGUGAAUUCUCUAUAAAUAGUCUGUUAGCCAACAGUUCACCGCUUGGAUACAAUACGAAUAAGCAUUCAGUCCUAAAGAACAAUAUGGACGAUGAUUUAAGAGUUCGAGUUUCUCGCUUAUGUAAAACCGGCCAGUAUUGCAAAAGCCAGCCGAUAAAAGUGCAUUUCUCUACCGAUUUUCGGCGUUUUCUAUCACAUUAUUUCCGAAUUAACUGUAAUUCACGUUACAACAGGUGAAGCAGACUUUACUGAUUCACCCCGACUGAUUCGAUAAAUGAGUGCACCCCUCCGAAACACAUUCGAACUCUUUGAGUCUGCUGUGAGGAGACAUCCUAAAUCAAAAGAAGAAGAGGCGUUCACCGGGAGGGGUUUAUUGGAGGUGCGACGUUUCGAGUAGUUGAUCCGUCUACCCAUCUUCAGAGACUGGGAAGUCCUGCGCACAGCUCCCCCUAGAUGGCGCACUUUGUUCAAUGCGUGACCCGUCAAUGCCGCCUGUGUGGCUGCAUCCAACCCGCAUGUCACCGUGACCUGAAUCGCUCCCGUCGGCCGCGGAGAUGACUGACGGCCCCGAUUGUCCCGCGCCAUGACCGUCCCCCGUUAAGAAGGUUCGUAAAGUCAGAUAGGGGGGGGGGGGACAAAUUGAUGUGGUGGUCGAGAGAGCAAAGUCGUACCUCCAAUAAACCCCUCCCGGUGGACGCCUCUUCUUCCUUUGAAAUGCCACCUGGGAGUCGCAUUUUCACUACUGUUGACAUCCUAAAUCGCACUGGACUGCACUGGCGAUCAGUACUGCGGACUGGAUCAUAUAACCAGCAAGCGUUAAAAUAUACAUUAAUGAGGGGGCAGGGGAGACAGUUCUACUAGGUAUGUAAAAAAGGCGGAGUAUCCUCGCGAAAAAGGAGGGAUAGGGGAGGUCGGCUGUUGGACUUCACCUGGUACCACACUUUCCGGAUGCGUAAGUUUCCCAUUUUCAUCCAAAGAUAUUCAAACAGCUGAAAUCUUUGACUACUUCUAGUUGUCCUGUUGCCCUGCUAAAAAUUACUACUCGAUAAAAAUGCAUAAUUCACUUCGACUCAACUGUGAAAAACUCGGCGCCUCGGUGGGAUUCGAACUCACGACAGCAGGGGGAAGGCUUUAGCACAGCCAACGCUCUAGCCAUCCGAGCUAAGAGGCCCCACCGGACGACGCGAGUUUAAUAACAUUUGGGUCAAGUUACACGCCCAACCUACUGCAACGUCUGGAAUCCACCAAAUGUGAUACAGUGAGCUGACUGCGCAGGCAGGAUUUCCUAAGUGAUUCACCUAAAACCCAUCAGAUGACAACUAGGCGCUUAAGCGGAGCUUUUAGAGUGGAAUUGAAGAUUGCAUUAGUUUCCUCAAGAUUUUUUUAGUGAAUUCGCUAAGAAUGCCAUUUGAAGGCAUCGUGUAAGAUCGGAAAUCCUAUUGGCACAAAAAAACAGCGUAUUGCUUACCCAACAAUUCUGGAAAUCGUGCCAAAAGUGUGUUUUUUUGUUUUUGCAUAAAUCAUGACGGUGAAUGUCGGCCGGGCAACAAACCAGUCUAAACAAGCCUCCGUGCUGGUAGUGACCACUGCUUUAAUCAGGGCUUUUUGAUCUUUAUUUUUUAUUUUAGCAAACUUCUAACAGUGGAACCGCCAACCUCAAGGUGAUUUGCAAAUGAUAAUAAUUGGAAAAUGUCUGUAAAAGCCGCUUCAAAACCUUUCACUAUACAUAUGGGACGCAUGAUCUAGGGCAAUUUAUUCUUGCGCUCCAAGGGAGAAUUCGGUAGAACACAGGACUAAGGAACCUCCAUAUUACAGGUGGGGUUGCAUUAAAUGCCAAAGGAGGGUUAUGAGGGCAGUUGGUUUUGAAUAGAGUUCUGUUACCCUCGGAGGCUUCGUAUGAUUUUAUGCAACCGAGUUGGCCAUUGCAUUUCGUCCUCCGCUUGGUGGAAUUUUAUGCUUAAAUAUCGGAGUUCCGACCAAAUGCCGUAUGGACGACGGUAGCUGUGACCGAAUGCCGGAGUCAAAGACUGGGAUUUCAACAGGUGACCCAAUCUGUCCCAGUCUUCUGAAAACAAAAACGGGAGGUCCUUAGAGAAGGAAUCAAAUUUUUCUCGAUAAAUAUAUAUAUAUAUAUUAUGACAGAUGGGCGCUCACUGAUCAGGUUGCGGAACGUGCUUGUUCCGUUGUGCCUUGCAGGCAGUAGCACAACGACUAGUAGUGGAAGUAAAUGACAUGGUAUCCACAAAGACAAGGGAGGCCGGAAUGGCCAUUUCUGACUUAUUAUCCUUUAUUAUCCUUGAUCAACCCCAAGUGUGGAUCACUUGAGAUUCGAAGCCGGGAUCUUUGGUCAUGGAGUUUGACACUCUGUCAUUGAGCUACGAGUCCUUUGUCCUGUCGGUUGUGAUCGGGAAUAUCAAUUAUGACAGAUGGGCGCUUACCGAUUAGGUUGCGGAACGCGAUUGAUCCACACUUGGAGUUGGGUAUGACUGGCUGAUUACAGCUAAUAAGCCAGUAAUGGCCUUUCUAGUCUCCCUUGUCUUUGUCUGUAAAAACACUCUACAUAUAUAUAUAUAUAUAUGCUGAUAGAAGCGAAGAUGCGCGUCCCCGGACAUAAAUAAGAAGAAGAGGCGAUCUCGGGAACCAUUGUUAUAUUGCCCUGACGUUUCAAAAUCAAACAAGAUUUCAUCGUCGGACGAUGAAAUCUUGUUUGAUUUUGAAACGUCAGGGCAAUAUAACAAUGGUUCCCGAGAUCGCCUCUUCUUCUUAUAUAUAUAUAUAUAUCAGAGGGCAAACGACGGAGUCUGGGGGAUAUACUGAUACGGAACUGUCUUUGGCUUGUUAGCCUUCACCUAGCCAGUCAUAACCCUGACCACCAGCUGGGACUGAAAACACAAGCAUGUGCACAGACACACCUGGUGCAACUGGUCCACCAUUGGGGUCUGCCACAUGGGCCAUAAGCACCUCAUCGAACCGAAUUUCAUCAGUACCUCGUCACCUGCCAGUCUCUGUGGUUGCAGAUCGGGUGGUUAUUCACUCAGGAAUGUGUGCACACUGAUGAAUUGGCUUCCCGAAGCAAACAAGCUUUGUGUGGGCGACAAGGGUCACGAACAGGCAACCACCUACCAGACCAAACUCAACCAAGCUCUGAUAGCAGAUAUAUAUAUUUGACAGCCCUUAUCGAAAUCAGUGCCUACCCAGGUAAGAUUAUUGAAGGAGCCACUAGCAAAACUAUUCAAAAGUAGGAAUAACGAACUGCCCUCCCCAAAAGGCAAAUCUGUUGAUCCAACUGUCAAGAAACUUCGCACUUACAAGCGUGUGUUUCUUAUUAAUAAUUACUCAAAUAUCCAUUUAUCUUUUGAUUGAGUAAAGCUAACACGGACAUUAUUAUAUUUUAGAGUCUGGCUUAUUCUGCCAGAGGAGAAGUAAGUCGUGUUAUCUGUGACGAAAGGGUUUGAACGUUGAUUAUCUAAGAACUUUAGCUCAUACUGUAAUGGACUGUCCUUUUUUAUUUUUAGGCGAAAAGUCAGACUUCCAAGACAGUCGUACGUUUUCCUUUUACUUUCCAUCUUUUCGUGCUUGAACUGUUGAAAGCACUGGAUACUUAUGGGAUCAUAAGGAAACAAAAUACUUUUGACAAGUCGGACUGCUAGCUCUUACGUUAAAAGCAUUCAGUGGCCUCAGUUUUUACGCCUUUUCAGAAAAAAGCUGUGCCUCUUCUUCUUGGGCAAACCUUUUCGCACACAAUUAGAGCACACAAGCCUUUUUAGGAAGCUUUUUAAAGUUUAUGGCCCAAGAACUAGUGUGAACAAGGCGAAGGUUGCGAAGCAAUCAGUACUUACUGGCGUCAUUAAAGUUCGCGACAUUUCAAGCAACCGUAAACGGUCACCGUGUAUUUACGCAUUGUGAGCCAUUGCUACGUGUACAGUCUAGAAUGAAAACGGUGUAAAAGAUAGUCCGGAAAACAGUGCGAAAGAUGCCAAUAGUCCGGAUACGAGGUUCAGUUAUCGCCCUGUUCAGACUUGCUCUGCGAAAAGAACGUUUGAUGAAUCAAUUACUGAUACAGUCAACCUUUUUAUAAAUUUUUUAAAAAAUUCUAAUAUGCCCGUAGGAAUUGCUGAAAGUUUUGGGGUCUCAGAGGUGAAAACUAAGCGCCUUUUAUAUAUAUUUCAGCUUGGAAAGAUGCUUACCAAAGAAAAAGUAAGACACUCUACAGGACAUAUAUAACAGUAAAUUCCCUGCCCCCAAGAAGACCACUCAACCAUCCUCUUUUUAAAAUUCGUUCUAGAGUAAUUAUUGAAAUGCCAGCGCACAGGUAAGUGCGGUCUUGCUAGCAUUACUUAUGUUUAUCUAAACUUGCAGUAUGCGGAGGUGAAAAAAACUUGACCUGACGAGAAGACGGUAAUUGCACUCGACCCGACAAUUAAUUCCCCCAGGGCUGCUUUAGGCCCUUCGUUCCUUCGGGUCUUCCUGAUUGGGUAUAAGACAUUGGGCAUUCCUCUCUAAUAGGAUCCUCUUUUGGGAGACAGCGAGUUAGCUAGGCGAGUUAAGAUCACAUGUCCCGAGACUCGCCCUACGAGCCAAUUCUAAUGCAAUAACUCGCGAUAAAAGGCAAGAGAUAGAGAGAGAGGGGGGGCAGUUUUUUCUCUCAUGGGGGCCCUGUUCGGGGGCCCUGCGAGCUUACUGGUCUCACUGAUCUUUUUAAGAAGAAGAUGGGCUCUCCGGAAAGGGUUUAAUUAGAUGUUGACGUUUAAAAGACCUUGGUGGGCUCUCCAUUUUCGAAGCGUAAAAUGCACUUAAUCGACCAGAAAUUUCAGGUGGCAUGUUGUGUUGGCCGGCCUCAUGCUGGUCGAUUUUUCUCUCCUCUCGCUGCCUCGGCUUCUCGGGACUUGGUUGACGGGCGUUUUGCCAGCGUGCUUUGUGAGUCACCACUCCGUCGGGGGAAGCUAAUUGAACCCGCCAGAAUAAGCAUAGCCCAUUCAUCCCAGACAACAAUUCGACGCCGUCUGAUGCAACCUAAGGACCCAUUGCCACCCGUUGAAACCCCAGCAGUCACCUACAAAAUAAAUUGCAAUGAGGGCGACUGCAACUAUGUGGGAGAAACCAGGCGGAAAUUGCAAACUCGCCUACAAGAGCACAAAUCGGCCACUCGGAGGUUAGACCCUAACUCUCAACUAGCAGCACACGUUGGAGAAACAAAACAUACUUUUGACCUCCAGAGGGCUGCCAUCUUAGGCCGAGGCAACACAAAAGCAGAACAGCUAACUCUCGAGGCGUGGUUCUCCGAUGCCCACUCCAUCAACAGGCAUCUGGACCUUCCUGCAGCUUGCUAAGUUCUACGUCAUCACAGUCGUAGAGCUCAGGACCAAACAACCACACCGGACAUAAGAAGGCCGUACGGAGAUAGCCCGAUGGCGAGUUUGCUCGGUGAGGAAGAACAAGAAUCAUCACUCCUAAACACCCUGAAGAAGUCGGCGCCUCAUGUAAACUACGGCUAAAAAGUGUCUGUUGAACGGGAGAAGAUAUUUACUGAUCAAAUCUGCGUUCAUUUAGAUUUGGGAUUUUCAGCAGAAUUAUUUAUUCUUGAUGUUCAUUACGCUCCGCGAGAAUUGUAGAAAUCUCUUCUGAGAGAAAAUUUAUUUAAAGUUCCGAAUCCCCUGAAAUGUCGGAAGUUGCCGUCUUACCUUUUUCCCAAUUUUUAGGUACUUCGUGGAUGUGCCUCGCAUGCAGUAAGUCCUCCUCAGAUACCUAGUUAUCCAUGCAUUCCUGCAGAAAAAUACGACCUAAAUUAGGUUGGAGUACUUAUAUGCACGCAGUAUUAUCCGCAGUUAAUUCAGACACGGCCACGCACACCUUCCCAUGUCAGGAGUUGAUUGCACUCAGAUGGAAAUCUCCUCUUUGUUGACAACCUUUGCUUAACCUCAGAUGCCCACAGUAGGUGGGUUAACUCAUGAAAUGUCAACCGAACUUCCGAAAUGUGUUUUCGUUUUGAAAAGAUUACUUAAGUAGGGUUGCAAAAUUAAUCGGUCUGCAUACUAUUUAAGUAGUCCAUUUUACAGGGUAUAGUUUUUAUGUGCAGCCGGAAGGACGUUCGUUCGAAAGUCAGUAUCCUGAGUAACUGAGGUAUUAUAGAAUUAUGUUGCAGGCUGAAUAGUUUUACAAUCCUACUUAAUUGAUCUUUUCGAAACGAAAACUUAUUUCGGAAUUUCCAUUGAAAUUUCAUGAAUUAGCCCACCUACUGUAUUUGAGGUCCUAGGACGCAUGUACCACUAUUCUCCUCAACGCCCUUUCGAAAAGGCCAUUUUUUCAAAAUUCUGAAUUUGAUGGAGGGCGUAUUAAGCCUGUAGUAAAUUCACAAACUAGUUAACCUCUAAAGUUUUGUUGAGGAUCAAAUGAGCCAGUACACGUUUACACUACAAAAACAUGCCUGCUUAUUUGGUCUAGGUAGGUAUGUUAAGCUAGGGUCUAUCGUAGUAAGGCGUUGACAGUUCGAAUUAGGAUUUAGGCUGAUAUUCGGAUUUUGCAUCCAUACGGAAAACUGAAACUUUUACAGUUCUACAACCCUAAAAGCAAGUGUCGCGGCUGGUGGGUCCACAAUUAUUCGAGGAUACCCUAUCUUUGAGUUUAAAAUUUAAAGAUGACGUAAUUUAUUACCGAACGAGUACAAUAAAAGAUGUUUCUUCGUUGAUUUCUGCAAAGUGCAUUUCAUUUUUAGGAUGCCGAGAAUUGGCGAAAAAAGCUAUAUCACUUUAGUAGUCAUUUUUUAUGGAACGAAAUUUUGCAGGUUAUAAUUACCUGUAUAUUGUGCGCCGCUGUGUGGCUGCUGGUUGGGCUCGAGAGAGAGCCCGUAAGGCACAGCGUGACGAGUGAGUUCCGUAAAAACGAGCGGUGAGCGCUCCUCUACCAUUGUAUAUUCCCGAUCGAAACCGACAGGACAACGAGCCCGCGGCUCAGUGAUUAGAGGCGUUGGACUUCUAACUAACAGGUCGCGGAAUCAAGCCCUAGGUGUCGGUAAUGCUAAUUUAACUCAUGGUAGAAACAUCAUAAGUUCACGUUCAGUGCUAAGGCUACGGGGGCGACAAACGGCAGAGAAUAGAUAUUUGUAAAAGGUACACUCAGUGGCUGUAAAGCACCGGAGACUAUUUGUGAGGAUAGAAGUUCACAGGAUGAUCUUCACCCUUGAAGAUCGGUAACGAUUGACCCUAAUGUCUUAAGUGAUCGGCUGAAGUCAGAUCCACCUGAGGACACAAAAAAUAACUGUUUCAGGAUACCUAAACCAACGGUAGAAGACGUCCGUCUCGGAACUAGCAGGUUUCGGCAGUUUUUUAAAUGAGUUUUUAUAAGUUUCCUCGCUGCGACUAACAACCUUUCCUCGGGAUGCGGUCUUCAUACCUUCAGUGGGAGCAGGAGUAGCUGGCGCAGCAGGACCUUCAGCGAAAUAUGUUGUGACUCGGAAGUUAAUUUAAUACUGUAAGGGUACAUCUGGAUUCCUCUUCCGAUGUAUAAUUAACCAAUCAAUUUAUAGAUGGGAAAUUUUAGGCUGCUGAACAGCAUAACAUGCAAACGCUUGGAGGCGCUCAGUCCUCCUAAAGGAAGCUUCCAAAUUUCGACACCGACUGCUUCUAUACGUGACCAAAAGAGUUUAGCGGACUGGCUUUCUGGCGCGGACGAUGGUCUUGGGUUAGCUUCCUAUUGUUUUCCGGACUUCGAGUAUAGUGCCCGUCGGUUAAUGAUUACACAAAUGGAUAGCAGAAUAUGACAUGAAAUAGGAAACAUACACGUAAAACGACUCCGUAAGAUUUGAGAUGAAAUUUUAAAAAAGCGUGAGUUUUUUACCACUUUUGGACUAUUUCACAUGCGCGCCUGAUCAGUAUAGCCAAUUAGACAUUCCUUUCUCUUCACGAUGUCAAAUAAAAGAGGGGCAUACCGAGGAUGCCUAACAGAUGGGAAACUGUCGCUGAUUUAAUUCGUCCUUGAUCUACUAACGACUCUUUCCCUGCUCAUAUGUUCUUGUUCAUUUUAGAAUGGAACUCGACUUGCCACAUGAAGUGUAAGUUUUUUGAAUAACGGAAUACUACAAGUCAGCGGUGUUUUUGAUGUUACUGCCUGAAGAUGCAGGCUUAAGUGCUUUAUGGUACUUGUUUUGUGAAUGAAUCGAAGUUCUGACUAACCGAUUUCCUUCAAAAAAUCACGCUUUGCGUUUUAGAGUCGCAGAUGCCCUCUCGGAGGAGGGGUGAGUCCGAUAAAUCAAUGUGCUUCUGUCUGGUUUUUUUGCAGCUGCAUUAGUACUUCUCAGAAGUGACCUUUGUGUUUUUCUCAACGCUUUCAGCCUGACCGUCAUUAUUCCCAGAAGACGGUAAUCCAAGUUGAAGUGCUUCUGUCAUCCUUAACCCAAGAACUAAUUUGUCUUAAGAAUUUUUCUGUUGCGCAAACCAAGAUGACUCGCAUAUUCCUUUUUUAGGCUACUCGCGACCAUGGUACAGAAAUGGUAAUUGCUGACAUACUUUACUUCCCCCUACGUUUCACUUUUGGACGUUUCGAGUGUGCGAUACGUCUUUGAAUAUAAGCGAAGAAAACCCUGAAAAAUAUUUACGAAAUGUUUCUCUGCGGUAGCUGAUCUCUAACUCACUCGCGAGCAGCCGCAAGUUAGGCUGAAGACUUCGGAAAAAUGACAGAAAACCAAAGCCCACUACCGGGAAUAAAAGCAUGAGGGAUUUCCACACACACAAGUCUAUGCGCAACACCUGCAGGGAGUUGCAUUGAAAAUACUGCUGUCUGGCUUUUUUGAUGAGGGAUCAUAACUUCAUGGAAACGACGUGUAAUAUGGGUGAUAGUCGUCUACGCGUGCCACAAACAGCAUGGCCCCGGAAAGAUAAAAUUAGGGCGGUUCCGUUCUGGACUGCGUGAGAAUGCCAUGAAAACUUCACUGGGAAGGAGUAAUGUCAGCCUGACUUUCACAGGGAAAAUUUUGAGCCACACCUGCGCAUUCGGCCCCGGAUGGUGGACAGUCUCCUCCCGACAGAGUUUAACCAAAACACAAUGGCUACUUAUUAGUUGCGAGUAGGUGAUGCGGGUGUCCUAAAGAUUAGACGGGGUCUUCUAAUCCACAGUGCUCGAAAGCGUAAUAGAAGUGCGUUCAGUCGCAGUUCGAGGGAGUCAGGAUGAGUGUCUACGUUACUCACAUUCCUCUUAGAUCCCCUGUACCCACUUGCAAACUUUCAUUCAAUUACAGCCUCUUUGUCUUUCACGCUCUUAGCACGAAUUCCAUCGAUGUCUUUAGCAGCUUAAUAAUUCACGAAUCGAGAAGGGGAACUGGAGCGAUCAAUUCUGUCCUAUUUUCCGUCAACAACCAACCACAACCAGACUACCUGGGGUUUGUACCAGGACGUAGAGUAGAUCAUUACGGGAUAAAAUCGAACACACUACCACUUAGUUAGCGGACUCGCGUCCUGUGCUGUGGCCGGAAAACUUGGAAGUAAUCUGACAGUCGCGUUGGCUGAUUCGUCCUGGUUACGUAACGCAAUACUGGCUAUUCCGUUUUACUCGAAGUUGCAGUCCAGACCCUUCUCACAUGUCAGUUCGACCGUCGCGAACGACGGUAUUUGCACUGUGCCCCAUGUGCAUGUUGACCGCACGAACGACGACUUGUGUGCAAAUAGUGCCAGUAGGCCUGAGACCGAUGUCAAGACCGGAAGCAGAGUAGGGUGUAGUGGUUGACAAAGUUAGACAGCCUGCCUGAGCUUGCCACACAUGCUUGGUUCGCGCACGAUGGACCAGGAUUUCGAAGAAACGAGGGAUAGCGGGGGUGGGAGCUCGGAUCCUGAGUGGAAUUGCCAUAGAGGCCACAGUACGAAGAAGUCGUUGAAGCCUGACUCCCCAUCCCGACGGGAGAACCGAGCCGGUUGGCAGUCCUCCAAGCCACGACUUUCAGCGCGUCGUGAUAGUCUGAGAACGCAUCAGUUUCUUCAGGAUGAGGAACUGGGCUUAGGUGCUGUGGGAAUGAGGUCCCCAGAGUCGACUGUCUGAGCCUGUUAGCUAUCUGAUGCUGGCAUUUGGCCGGCGUGGCGCGAAUCUGCGCCUAGGCGUGUCGCCACACCCCUCAUGGGUGGCCUUUGUCAUGAGAUGCGCAGACUCGGCACAACUUGGUCAACGCGUGCCUGGCCCCAAAUUGGCCUCCGUGUCAGUCCAUCGCAUCGCCCGCCCGGCCCCUCGAAGGGGCAGUUGGCGUGAUUACGAGUGGUCGCAUGAUGCCAAGUAAUCAAUGCCCGGGGGGGUAGUUGCUGACAAAGGUGGGGGGGAGGGGUUACUUCGGCAGUUCCGGAAUAUCUUCCUCUUCAUUUACCAGUUACUAGAAAGACCUGAAGCAACUAUACCUUUUCUGUCGACAUCUUUGGCCUAAGGAGAUAACAGAGUGUCACAAGACUUUGAUUCAAUCAUUCCUACACGAAAUUGCCGCAAUGCAUGACCUUUUAUUUUACUUUCAGUCCAUUCGAAGACGAUGUCCUGCGACCUGACUUCGAACAUCGAGCAAGACAACAGUUUAGGGCCUUGGAUAAAGAAAAGAAGGGAUUUCUAUCAUUGAAAGACGUGUGGUAUGGCCUUGAAGAAGAGGCGGGCAAGAAUUUCACAAGAGAAGAGAUUGAAGAAAUCUUUGGCUACAUUGACCAGAAAAAGAGUGGGCGGAUCGACGAGGAAGAAUGGCUGCAGGCAGUAAAAAUAAUUCAGUAA